UAGGGAAGGAGGGGGAUGUUUCGUGCUGGGUGCCCGGCCAGGGGGGUCCCGCCCGCCGGGAGGGGCCGGCCCGGCCCCGCCUCCGCCCCCGCGGAGCGGUGCGGAGCUGCGCGGAGCCCGGAGGAGCUCGGAGGAGCCGCGGAGAUGCUGAGCUCGCCCUGGGCACGCUUCUACUCCAACAGCUGCUGCCUCUGCUGCCAUGUCCGCACCGGCACCAUCAUCCUCGGCGUCUGGUACCUGAUCAUCAACUCGGUGGUACUGCUGAUUCUGCUGAGCGCCCUGACCGACCCUGACCAGUACCACCUCACCAGUGCCGAAUUAGGGGGUGAAUUCGAAUUUAUGGAUGAUGCCAAUAUGUGCAUUGCCACAGCAAUUUCUCUUCUAAUGAUUCUGAUUUGUGCAAUGGCUACGUAUGGCGCGUAUAAGCAACAUGCGGCUUGGAUCAUCCCUUUCUUCUGUUACCAGAUCUUUGACUUUGCUCUCAACACGUUGGUUGCCAUCAGUGUACUUGUCUAUCCCAGCACAAUUCAGGACUACCUCCGCCAGCUGCCCAGCAAUUUUCCCUACAAGGAAGAGAUCAUGUCUGUGAACCCUACAUGCCUGGUUGUGAUCAUACUCCUUUUCAUAAGCAUCAUUUUGGCUUUUAAGGGUUACUUGAUAAGCUGCGUGUGGAACUGUUACCGGUACAUUAAUGGCAGGAACAACUCAGAUGUGUUGGUGUACAUUACCACCAAUGACACUGCGGUGCUGUUGCCACCAUAUGAUGAUCCUGUGAAUGGAGCUGCUAAAGAUCCACCACCACCUUAUGUGUCAGCAUAAGUGAGAGUGCGCUAUGUACCUAGGGAGGAUAGCUUUACUUUUCAGACACUGGAGCAAUAGUUUGAUAAUUUCACUUCCAGGGUAUAACCUCUAUGGGUUAUACGUUGCUGUUUUGCUGACGUAUUGAAACCUAAAUUGUAUGAUUAAAAUUCUGUAGAUAGUUUUAAUAAUUUGCUGCAACUACAGUAGUGUGCUGAACUAGUUUCAGAACAAUUCUGGGUAGCGAUAAGGUUACAGUAGUUGCUGAAUAGCUUUGUCCACGUCUGACAUGCAGUGCUACAGGAUAGAGAACUUGGCAUUCUCAGUCAAGUUCAGAGUGUAAUGUGCUUUUUUUUUUUUUUUUUUUUAAUUUAUAAAACUUCCAAAGAAUUACAAAUGCGUUUCUCAGAUGCCCACUUUGACCUUCAGAAUACAGACCAAAUCCAAAUAGUGACAUUCAGCUUCAUUCCUGUUCUGCAAAAAUCUAUGAGUAAGCAUACUUACUCAUAUGAAUAGUGAUGAUUGCAAGAAGAAUGAAAGUUACGUACUAUUUUCAUCAAUCUGGCUAGUAAGAAACCAAUUUAAUGGGGAAAAAUAAGUAUGGGAAACCAGAGUAGACAAAGCACUCUGUGAUGUGUAACAAGCCAGAACCUGUGGUCUACAACGACUCAGUCCCAGCCUGUAACUAUUCUAAUGGUCAAAACAAAACAAAACAAAAACAAACAA